CGUAAAAAACGACCGCGUCCCCAUGUGAUGUUACAAACCGAGCGGGUUUUCAGGGGAGCGAGUGUGAGCGUGUUUCUGCUGUAGCGGACUUGACCUCGGCCAGCGAACAUGGACGAUGAGUUCGGGAAGUACCGCUCCCCGCUGGUGUCCCGGUACGCCAGCAAGGAGAUGGCCUUUAACUUCAGCGACAGGAAGAAGUUCACCACCUGGAGGAAGCUGUGGAUCUACCUGGCCAAGGCGGAGAAGGGUUUGGGGCUGCCCAUCACUGACGCCCAGAUCCAGGAGAUGGAGAGCCACGCGGAGGACGUGGACUUUGCCAUGGCAGCUGAAGAAGAGCGUAAACUCAGACACGAUGUGAUGGCUCACGUCCACACCUUUGCACACUGCUGCCCCGCCGCCGCUCCCAUCAUCCACCUCGGAGCCACCUCCUGUUACGUUGGAGACAAUACCGAUCUCAUCAUGCUGCGUGAUGGUUUCGACAUCCUCUUGCCAAAGCUGGCGAGAGUCAUCGACCGGCUGGCAAACUUUGCAGAGAAAAACGCUGACCUCCCUACGCUCGGCUUCACACACUACCAGCCGGCCCAGUUGACCACGGUGGGAAAGCGAGCCUGCCUGUGGCUGCAGGACCUGGCCAUGGACAUGAGGAACCUGCAGCGGGCCCGCGAUGACCUGCGCUUCCGGGGAGUGAAGGGUACCACUGGUACCCAGGCCAGCUUCCUGCAGCUCUUCCAGGGGGACCAUGACAAGGUGGAAGAGCUCGACAGGAUGGUGACAGAAAUGGCCGGCUUCAAAAAAGCCUACCUGGUGACCGGACAGACGUACAGCCGUAAGGUGGACGUGGACUGUCUGUCCACCCUGGCCAGUCUGGGCGCGACGGUUCACAAGAUCUGUACAGACAUCCGCCUGCUGGCCAACUUGAAGGAGAUAGAGGAGCCUUUUGAGAAGGAGCAGAUUGGCUCCAGUGCCAUGCCGUACAAGAGGAACCCCAUGCGUGCGGAGCGUUGCUGCAGCCUGGCCAGGCACCUGGUGGCGCUGAUGGCCGACCCGCUGCAGACGGCAUCGGUCCAGUGGCUGGAGAGGACGCUGGACGACAGCGCCAACAGGAGGAUCUCUCUGCCGGAGUCCUUCCUGACGGCAGACAUCAUCCUCAGCACUCUGCAGAACAUCACAGAGGGACUGGUGGUUUACCCCAAGGUCAUUGAGAGACACAUCCGCCACGAGCUGCCCUUCAUGGCCACGGAGAACAUCAUCAUGGCCAUGGUGAAGGCUGGCGGGAACAGACAGGACUGCCACGAGAAGAUCCGUGUUCUGUCCCAGGAGGCGGCGGCGGUGGUCAAGCAGGAGGGGGGGGACAACGACCUGCUGGCCCGAGUCCAGAAGGACCCGUACUUCAAACCCAUCCUGGGCCAGCUGGACGCCCUGCUGGAGCCCAAGACCUUUAUCGGCCGGGCCCCUCAGCAGGUCGGCAGGUUCCUGUCUGAGGAAAUACGCCCCCUGCUGGAGCCGUACAAGUCCAGGAUGGAUGUCAAGAUUGAACUUGAGCUGUAACGGGCCUGCAUGGGCUCAGAACUGGGAACACUGGUCCGUGCUGGUCCGUGAUUCAAUAAAGAAAGCCGUUGAAGAGA